UUGGUUCCGCUCUGCUGAUUCCGUCACUGUAUGUACGAGAUUCUAUAGUGGGCGCACAGCUGGCCAUCUGUUACAUCUACAUUAGUUCCAUCUAUUAUUUGAAGGCACUGGCUGUGGAAAUGCAUACAUGAACUGACGCCUUAUUAGUACGGGAUUAAAUGCACCGUGGCUAUGACUAUAUGAUAGUUACAUGAGAACAUUCCAUACAAUAUGCUUGUUUGCGUUAAGGACAUUUCUGUCCACGGGUGAUUUGUUGGCCAGAGAGACUUGGAGCUCGAAGACGUCCUCAACAUGGUGUAUGAAGUCGAGGUGGUUCUGGGUGUGGCUCUAAUAGCGAUUCUUCUACCAGUCGUUAUCUCCAGGCCUAAACAACCUCAUAUUGUAUUAAUCGUCGCUGACGACCUAGGCUGGAACGACGUUGGUUAUCACAACCCCAACGUGCUGACUCCGAACAUAGACAAGCUGGCCAGUGAGGGGGUGGUGAUGGACCACGCCUACACUCAACCAUUGUGCAGCCCCUCAAGGGUCGCACUGAUGGCAGGAGUCUUCCCUUACAAGGUUGGACUUCAGCAUCUUGUGAUUACGAACCGUGCUGCCGUAUGCGCUCCGCAGAACUAUACCCUGCUGCCCGAGGAGCUAAAGAAGCUGGGCUAUGCUACACACAUGGUUGGCAAGUGGCACCUCGGGUUCUGUAACUGGGCGUGUACGCCAACGUAUCGAGGGUUCGACUCCUUCUUCGGAUACCUUGGCUCGGAUGAAGAUCAUUUCAACCACACCAAAGAGGGUUACCUCGACUACCGUGACAACACAGACCCAGCGACGGAGUACGAGAACGACUACUCCGCGUACACAUUUGUGGACAAAGCCACGGAGGUUGUCCAGGCCCACGACUCCAGCCGGCCUCUGUUCCUGUAUGUGGCCUUCCAGAACGUGCACGAGCCACUGGAGGCUCCGUCCAAAUAUUACGAUCUGUAUCCUAAUGUGAUGAACGAAGGACGGCGUUUCCACUCAGCAAUGGCGUCAGCCUUGGACGACGCCGUUGGAAAUAUAACCAGGGCGCUCAAAGACAAAGGAAUAUUUGAAGACACUCUUAUUCUAUUUCUGUCCGACAAUGGCGGCGAUCUGGACAACUACGGUAAUAACUACCCUCUGAGGGGAGGGAAGUUCACCAUAUGGGAGGGUGGGACGAGGACGGUCUGCUUCAUGCGGGGGGCGGGGCUGAAUAGGAGUGGACACAGCUUCAGUGGGCUCAUCCAUGCUGUGGACUGGAAGGCGACUCUGGUCAGCGCCGCUGGAGGGACAUUAGAAGACGCCAGUGACAGCAUGGAUCAUUGGGAGGAUAUUGUGAAGCAUGAUGUUACAAGGAGAACAGAGUUCAUCUACAACCUGGACGACGUACGCGCGCGAGUCGACGACGGACAUGCUGCCAUCAGAUACGGUGACUACAAGCUGAUCCAGGGAUCCCCAGGGCUGUAUGACGGCUGGUACCUCCCAGACAACACCACCAACAGAACAGAAUUGAACUAUUCACAGCCUUUGGACCCUGAAACUCCAUCCAACUCAUACUGGUUGUUUAACCUGAAAGAUGAUCCAUACGAGAGGAAGAACCUUAUUGAUACACACCAGGACAUCGCAGAGAAGCUGAAGAAGAAGCUGACAGAGUACCACAAUGAAAUGGUCCCUGCUAACUUUCCGGACGAAUCAGAUGAAGCUGACCCGGAAUUGUUUGAUGGCGUGUGGUCUCCCGGGUGGUGUUAACGACCCGAAACAUCUUGAGACCACACUUUUUCAAUUUUAUGUUUCAUGGAUUUAUUCCAGCUUUUCCACACAAGGUCGGUCGUAAUAAAAAUAGAAAAAAAA